CCUCAGGCACUCUCUCUCUCUCUCUUACUCUCCUUCAGUCACAGGGGGGGAUUCUCCGUAACCAGCUGUAGCCUCACUACACUCACUCAUCAUCACCGUUCCUCUGAGGUUGUUCUGUCUUUUUCUCUUUUUUUUCUUUUUGCAUUUUUCCACUCUGAAUUUAAUUCCUCAGCUGCUGAUGUCACAGCUUACAUCAAGUGUGUGUGUGGAUGCUACCAAGGUGCGAGGGAUGGGGAGAGGAGACAACUUUGAGGCUGCGGACACUGCACCUCUCCACUGAACCGAGACUCUUUGGACAGGUUCAUUAACUGUUGAGAGACUCUUCAGCAAUGGAGCGAUUUCUGUUGUAGUGGAUGUCUCUUUUUUUUUUAUUUUCCCCUCUUCUUCUCGAGUCUUCUGGAUAUUGAUUCUCUCUUUUCUCUUCUCCUUUGAUUCCACCUGCGCGCGUGUUUCGUCUCCCAGACACCCCGUGGCAAUAUGUUGGUGUUUUUAUGGAGUGUGAAAUAUUUGCAGUGCAUGUGAAGUUUUUUUUCUUUUUCUUGGAGGAGCAAAGUGAGACAAAGCAUGGCUGAUGGACGUGCAGCCGAGUGUUGAACGAUCCCUCGAUCCAGGGAGGCAGCUCAGAAAUGACCACCGUGUCCAUGGAGCCUGUGCGAGUCCUCUCAGAAAGGGGCACCAAUGCCACUGACCCCCCGGUGAGCGCUCACGAGGACACCGCCGCCACCUUCACCAUCGGCACCAUCCUCUCCAUCAUGUGCCUCGUCGGCGUCUCGGGGAACAUCUACACCUUGGUGGUCAUGUGCCAGUCCAUGAGGACGGCGGCGUCCAUGUACAUCUACAUUAUAAACUUGGCUCUGGCCGACCUGCUGUACCUGCUCACCAUCCCCUUCAUCGUCUGCACACACUUCCUGAAGGAGUGGUACUUCGGGAACACGGGCUGCCGGAUUCUGAUCAGCAUGGACUUCCUGACCAUGCACGCCAGCAUCUUCACGCUGACCAUCAUGAGCACGGAGCGCUACUUUGCCGUGCUCAAGCCACUCGACACGGUGAAGCGGUCUAAAAGCUACCGGAAGGCCAUCGCUCUGCUGGUGUGGGCGGCCUCUCUUAUUCUGACUCUGCCGAUGGUUGUGAGCAUCCAGCUCAUGACGGUGGGCACCAAGGCCAUGUGUCAGUCCACCCUGUCCCGACUCUCCUACAAGGUUUACAUCUCCUUCCUGUUUUGUACUAGCAUCGUUGCUCCAGGACUGAUCAUCGGCUUUCUCUACACUCAGCUCGCACGCACCUACUGGGUUUCACAGACGGAGACCUUCAAACAGACCAAGAAACUCCCCAAUCAAAAGGUGUUGUACCUGAUCUUCACCAUCGUGCUCCUCUUCUGGGCGUGCUUCCUGCCGUUCUGGAUCUGGCAGCUGCUGUUCCAGUUCUACCCGACGCUGUCGCUCUCCGCCGAAGCCAAGCGCAACAUCAACUACCUGACCACGUGUCUGACGUACUCCAACAGCUGCAUCAACCCCUUCCUCUACACGCUGCUCACCAAGAACUACAAGGAGUACCUGCGGAAGCACAAGCGCUCCUGGUCGGCUGGCAGCUACUUCAACAGAAGGAGCCGGUUCCAGCGUUCGCCCCGGAGGUCACCGUCUUCCAGCAGUCAGCAGUGUACGGAGAGCUUCAUGCUCACACACACGGCCUCCCUGCGAGCUCACAACAGCAGCUUGUGAGGUAGGGGCAAAUUUCGCUGACUAAAGUUUUAGCUGAUUGUCAAAACCAGUACGACUCUGGUUCUCUGAGAUGCAUCAAAUGAUUCUUCGGGAACAAAGCUUAGCGCUGCACUAAUUUCCCCUUUUCUAUCUUUAUAUUAAAUAGUACACAUCAGCCGUGCAGGGGCUGAUGUAUAGACACAGCUUUGUUGACGUUCUGUAAUGAAUGAAAGCCUCGGUAUGACGAGUUAUGUGACUACAGAUGGCACAGAUUUGCAGGCCUUGGAAAACAACAGCCCUGUCCUGGAUUUCUACUUCCAUUCCAUAUGAGGCAAGUGCCUCUUAAUGUUUAUGUAUGGAACUGGGUGAGCUGACGAGACACAUUAAAACAAUAAAUAUUCAAUUGCACGGAGA